AGCGCGCGCCGCACGCAUCCCAGCAUCUCGGUGUCUAGUGUCGAGUGCUCGUGAGUUCGAGUGUCUUCUAGUGUCUGAUACCCGCUGCUCUCUCCGACAUGGCGACGAGUCGGCAUACGCCGCUCGCGCUGCCGCUGCGCCUCUUGACCCUACUCGGGUUGUCGUGUUGGUGCGGCGCACAGACGCGGUACCAGGGCCGCGAGAUCGGCGCGCUGUCGCAGCUGCAGCACGGCGUGCGCGGACGCGUGUUCGCGGUGGACUCGCGCACCAUCCACCUGGCCGACCUGCACUACGACGGCGAGGGGCCUGCGGCGUACUUCUACGUGGGCAAGUCGAAGGCGCCGACGGCGGAGGGCGCGCACCGGCUGCGCGACGAGCGCGGCGGCGCGGGCCCGCUGCGCCGGUACCGCGGCGAGAGCAUCACGCUCGCGCUGCCCGACGGACUCUCACUCAAGGACCUGCGCUGGUUCGCCAUCUACUGCGACGAGUAUGCGGUGAACUUCGGCGACGUGCGCAUCCCUCGAGACCUGGAGUACCCGAAGCCCGCGAAGGUGGGCGCGCUACGCGGCGUGCACGGCGUGUGGUCGGAGCCCGUGGUGGUGGUGGACGCGCAGACGCUGCUCGUGCCGCACUUCUCCUACGACGGCGAGGCGCCCGACGCGAAGUUCUGGGUGGGUCGCGGCGAGUCGCCGUCGCCGCAGGGCAUCCGCAUCCCCGACGAGAACGGCAAGGAGACGCCGCUGCGCAAGUACGACAAGAAGACCAUCGUGCUCACGCUCCCAGGGGAGCUGACGGUGUUCGACAUCGGGCACUUCGGCGUGUGGUGCGAGGCGUUCACGGUGGACUUCGGGCACGUGCCGCUGCCGCGCGCCGCGCUGCGCAACGUGCCGCCCAGCCUCAAGAUGCUCGGCGUGUCGCCGCAGUCGAAGUUGAACUGCGAGGUGUUGCUGGACGAGCUGGCGUUCGAGGCGCGCUGGGCGGUGGCGGGAGACAGCAUCGUCAUACAGCUGGUCGCUAAACUCGAGGACGGCGAGUACAUGUCAUUCGGCAUCUCUGGCGACCCGCACCACUCGCAGAUGGUGGGCGGCGACGUGGCGGUGGCGUGGCUCAACCAGACCACGCUCAAGGGCAACGCCGUCGACUACUACCUGGACGCCAAGAGCCAGUGCGCCGGCACGCACGGCUCCUGCCCCGACGAACACUUCGUGGAGGGCACGAACUCAGUGCGUCCGUUGAACGCGGCGCUGGUGAACGGGUACUCGAUCGUGACGUACCAGCGCAGCCUGCGCGCCGCCGACGGGCUCGACCUGCCCGUGCUCACCAACGCCUCGCAGCCGAUCAUCUGGGCCAUCGGACCGCUCAACUCGCUCAACGAGGUCUCCUACCACCAACAUUACACCAAGGGUGACAAGUUCAUAGAGUUCGGGCGGCCACCGCGCUGGAAUUGCCCCAUGCCUGAGACCGAGGAGGAGCGCCGCGCCGAGCCCUCGUCCACUACACUUGCGCCACUCAAGGAACCUGCGCCGGUGCUGAAGCUGCGUCCAGUGCCGACGCCGAAGCCGGUGCCGAAGAGCCAGCCGUGGGAGAUCCCGGCAAUCCAGUGCUACGAGCCGCCCGAUGGCGUGUUCUACGCGCAGAUGGGCCCUACUGGUGGCAAGCAGGGAUACUCCGCCAUUACCGGUCACGUGGGCUGGGGCAUCUCGUGGUACAUCAACGGGCUGCUGAUCCCGGAGAUCAACGUGGUGCGCGGCAAGAAGUACACGUUCGUGGUGGAGGGCGGCUCGGACCCCGCGGUGCCGGCGCGCUACCACCCCUUCUACAUCACCAACGACCCCGUCGGCGGCUACCAACACAAGAGCGCUGACGAAAAGAAGGGCGUGGAGAUCUACGCGGGCGUGCGUCGCACCCGCUCCGGGGACGUAGUGCCGGCGGGCGUGGGGCGGCUCUGCAACUGGACGCCGGACAGCAGCGGGCCCGACGCCGACGAGUACCCGUCCUUCGGCGCGUACCAGCGCAGCCUCACGCUCGUCUGCGAGGAGGGCAGCCCCGGCGUCGUCACGUGGACGCCGGACGCGAAGACCCCCGACACCGUCUACUACCAGUGCUUCACGCACCGCCACCUCGGCUGGAAGAUCAACGUGGUGGACGAGUGUGACGCGGAGGAGGCGGAGGAGAGCCGCGUGGCGGAGUCUGUGGCGCUGCCCGACGACCUCCGCAGCGAGGAGUCCGUGCAGGUACACAGCCGACUCACGCCCGAUACUAACUUUCUAGAUCAGCGCAAGAAGCUCGAGAAAAUUAUCAAUACGAAAACGAAUUAUGACGAUUUCAGUAGUUAUAAGGAGGGCGAGCUAACGGGCGAAGUGUACAGAGACGACAGGGAGCAGCCGUACCGCACCGGACCACGCUACGAAUUGCCCAUAUCCAACGGACAGAUGAAGGAGGUCAUCCAGGCGGUCGAGAGCCUCGAGACCAAGAUGAAAGACGACAUGAAGAGGAACACAACACAUCUGACGCAGCACGGACACGGCCCGGGCACGGCACCGCUCGCGUACAACGGUCACGCCGGACACAACUCGCACCAGUAUCAGGUACACGAGGACGUGCGCGAGAUGUUCGUGCCGGAGCAGCCGAUCAGGGAGGACGAUGAGUACUUCGUCGAGGGAAAAGUACCUGACAACUACUUCCUACCACCGAAUCAGAAACCCCUGACGCUGCAGUCCGUCCUGCGUCCGAACGGGCCCCGACAGCCACACGGCAAUAUGCGACCGCCGUUCAGGAGACCUGUGCCACCAGAAAUUAAAUUACGUCGGCCGCCUUCCAUGCAUCAAAAGAACCCCAACACGGGAUAUCCUCUGCCGAUGCCCAGUGGUCAUAAUCAACACGUCGGCAUGAAGAAGUCUCAGAAUUCACCUCAUAAAUUUAACAAUAACCGACCCCCGAUGAAUCGGCCGCCGCCUGCCGGACCGGCGUCUGGUAUUCCGCCGAUGAAAGCGAUGCCCCAGUUACACACUAAACCUAUGUUUACCCAAAUCUCAAAACAGGGAACUAAAACUAAUCCCACACCGACUCCUCAAGCACCUGUAAUGAUUAUAAUGGCUAAUAGUAAACAAGGAUCUACGAAUCUGCCUACACAGAGUCAAACUCUGAGUCUGGGCCAAACUGAUAUAAUAGCAAACCAAGUUGUAAAGAGUCACAUAAUGCUACCUGGCGGAAAUGACGCAAUAGCACAACACAGCAUACCACAGACUUACAUGAAGCCAGGACAAAUAAUACUGGGGAAGCCGAUGGAGCAUCCAGUGCCUUUGGAUCAGCAGAUGAUUCAGACGAAGCCGCUGCCGAUGAGGACUCCUCCUACACCAUCGCCGCUGUUGUUCCAUUCAUCAACGCUUCGGAUAAAGUUGGAAAACGAACUUCCAAUACUAAACGAAAUUAAAUCAUCAGAUUUUAUCGGCGAGUCCGUGGACUCGUCUACAUUAGCGCCCGCCGUGAACACUGGGUUCAGGCCUGAGUCUAUAGUAGUUGAAAGCGGAUUUAAACCUAUUAUAAGAGAACCUCUAAUGGCUGCCGAAGAUAGAAUAGCAGAAUACGAAACCAGCGCUAACAGGAGAGAAGACACCGAUGUUGUAGAAGACUAUGAAGAAUCUCCUCAGCCUCUUGCGAAUUACGCUCCAUCUAGUGAGAAACUGACCGAAUCAUUUGAGCCGAUGUUUAUACCCUCACCACCGGACCAUUUGUUAGCGGUCCACGAUCGAACCAAAGAAGUAUUCCCAAAAAAUCAUGCGAAAGAAGACCGACCUCAUCCAGUUUACGUAAAAACAGAAAACGAACUAAACGCACUAUUCAGUAAGAAAAACAUGGAGCGCGAAGUACCGUCGGACAUGGUGAUGGAGUCGGACCGCGUCAGUCCGCACUACCUGCCGCCAGACCCCAAAUUGCCAAAGGAGCAUUCUCAGAAACUGUCCAUGGGUGAACAAACAUUUACUACAUACGAUGGCAAAACAGUCUCCGCGGCGACACUCACCAGCGUGCCAGACUUGAAUAAGACAAGUAAUAAGUUCUCAUCUAAACUGCCUGCAAAUUCGGAAUUGUUAUUAAAAACCCCACAGUUUGGACCUUUCAAGGGUGAGAUUCCGCCGCCGGUGGCCGCGCAUAUCAAUAAGGACCCACAACUGCCUUCAAAAGACACAGCACCCGCACAGGAUUCCAGAACCACACACUUAAAACUAGUAAAUUUGCAUAAAUCCAGUGAAGUGCUUGACGACUUAGAAGCUGACGGUAGUGAAAUUCAUGAAGUCACACAAAAAACAGAUGAUUUAGACGAAGAAGAGGAAUACGAAGAGGAAGAGGGGGAAGCAGAUAUAAAAAGAGAGAAGAGAGACGCGCGCGGGACGCAUUCCGAGAGCAGUACGGUGGCGCAGGCGCAGGCGCCCAUCAACGGGCACAGCCUCCCCGUCAGUCACAUGGACUUCGAGACGUCGGCGGCGAGCGCGCGGACGCUCUGUACGCAUUUAGUAUUAUUAGCGCUGUGUGUGAAGCUGUUCUAAAUUAUAAUAAUUAAAUUAUUUAUUGGAUGAGUAGGCCUUGCCAGUAAUGCAUUUCGCGUGGGCGCCGCGUGGCGUGGCGUCGGUGCCGUCGGUCACGUGGCCGUUGCUUCUCUUCGAGCGUGUACGGGCUUGUGGGCGAGUCUCUGUAUGGAUGCAUCUCAGUGACAUCUGUUACCACUUUCACACGCAAUAUGCAAAUCAAUACUCCGUUAGUAUUAGGAUUUUUGUAAAUAUUAUUAUUUUAAUAAAUAUUAGUGUUACAUUUUA